GGAAUAUCCCUUCCUUUCUUUCUUCUGGUUUGCUUGUUACAAUCUGAAAUCUGCAUGUUAGAUGUUACAUUACAUUGUUGACAAGACAAUAUAUUAACUCUCUCACUCAAAAAGUCAGACUCCAAAAGAGGCAAACUGGGAAACAACAAAAAAGUCUUCCUUCUGUAGUUCUGUGACAUUGAAACUUCAUCGUCAUCCUCUUCUACAUUCCCACUUUCCACCAAACUAUUACAACACCCCUCAUCGACCACAAAUACAACAGAACUCUCUCUCUCUCUCCUCAAGGCUCAAGUAACAUUUGCCCAUUCAUGGACGCCCCUGCAUCGCAUCAGGACUCCGUCACUUGCGCUUCCUGGAUCCGACGGCCAGAAAACGCCCAUCUCGUCGUCUUCGGUAAGCCCCGGCGUGGUCACUCUUCUCCACCUCUGCUCCACAUCUUCUCUUUCGAUGCCAAGACUGCCUCUCUUUCAUCUUCUCCCAAGGCUACUCACGCGUUAGAAGAAGGCGAUCCUAUAAGCAUUGCGGUUCACCCAAGCGGGGACGACAUCGUUUGCUCCACCACCACCGCUGGCUGCAAAUUGUUCGAAGUGUGUGCUGGCGAAGAAAACAUAAAGCUGGUGGCCAAAGAUAUACCACCUCUGCAAAGUGUUGGUCCUCAGACAUGCUUAGCUUUCAGCCCUGAUGGUUCAAGAUUUGCUACUGGUGGGGAGGAUGGACAUCUUAGAAUUUUUGAAUGGCCAAGCCUGCGCAUCCUUUUAGAUGAGCCAAGAGCACACAAAUCCUUUCAAGACAUGGAUUUUAGUUUAGACUCAGAGUUCCUUGCUUCAACAUCUACUGAUGGUUCUGCACGAAUAUGGAAAGCAAAUGAUGGUGUUCCUUUGACAUCUCUGACUCGCAACUCGGAUGAGAAGAUUGAAUGCUGUCGAUUUUCCAGGGAUGGGACUAAACCCUUUUUAUUCUGCACUGUUCAAAAAGGCAAUAAACCAGUAACUGCAGUUUGGGAUAUUAGUACAUGGGAUAGAAUUGGUCAUAAGAGGCUACUUCGAAAGCCCACCUCUGUCCUUUCAACCAGCUUGGAUGGAAAAUAUCUUGCACUGGGAAGCAGAGAUGGUGACUUAUGUGUAGUUGAAGUAAAGAAAAUGGAGGUCUGCCACUGGAGUAAGAGGCUUCACCCUGGUUCAGGCAUUUCAUUGAUAGAGUUUUGUCCCAGUGAAAGAGUGGUAAUUACCAAUUCUAAGCAUUGGGGAGCUGUGGUUACAAAGCUAAAUGUUCCUGCAGAUUGGAAAGAAUGGCAAAUCUAUUUGCUGCUGUUGGGACUCUUUUUGGCCUCGGCUGUAGCAUUCUAUGUAUUUUUUGAGAAUUCUGAUUCAUUCUGGAACUUCCCCCUGAGUAGAAAUCAGCCUGCUAGACCAAAGAUUGAAGGUAUAUUUGGAGAUCCUCAGUCCUCUGACGAGGGAAUAUUUGGACCAUUGGAUAUGUAACUUGAUUGUAUAAUUCUGUUAGAAAUGCCCUUGAACAUUUGAUUGCUGCACCAAGAUACGGUAGCUUUUGAGGCCAGUGUUUUUUGGAUGGCAACAAAAUUUUUUAAGGCAUCCUCAGCCUUUAAUACGCACUGUGGCAAGAUAUUACUUGUAUUUAAAAUUUUACCAGUGUAGCCACUUGUCAGCUUUGGAGUGAUGUUUGGACUUAGAGAUCCAUGUGCUCUUUCUAAUUUUUUCUUCAAUGCAAUAAUAUAUCAAGAAAUGAAUA